AUGAGCCUUACUCGAUUCGCUGUUCGGGUUUUGAUUAUUCAAGCGAUUUUGAUGGUCUACUACAUGCUUUUGUCGUUCAAUGGAACUUAUGCCAAAAUUGAUUGUAGAGCUGAGGUGAGGAUUUUGGGGGAGAUUUUGAUAGGAGUUUCAAAUUUUCAGUACAAAAAAAUUUCAGCCCUAGAAACAUUAUCAAAAAAUUUGUCUGAAAAUUGAAAUCCACUCUUUUUCUUUGAAAAAAUCUGGUUAGAACCAACUUGUGAUAUGUUCGCAAGUCCUAGAUGCUUGUCAGAGAUAUCCUAAAGGCGUGGCUGCUUGUCAGUAAAGCUCACAAGGCGUAGAUGCUUGUCAGUAGAGCUCACAAGGCGUAGAUUGCUUGUCAGAGUUAUCCUGAAGGCGUGUCUGCUUGUCAGUAAAUCUCACAAGGCGUAGAUUGCUUGUCAGAGAUGUCCUGAAGGCGUGGCUGCUUAUCAGAGACGCUCUCAAGGUGCGGCUUCUUGUCAGUAAAGCUGACAAGACGUAACUUCUUGUCUGAUAAGCUGACAAGGCGUAACUUCUUGUCUGAUAAGCUGACAAGGCGUAGAUGCUUUACAGAGACGCUCUCAAGGUGCGGCUUCUUGUCAGUGAAGCUUACAAGGCGUGACUGCUUGUCAGUAAAGCUCACAAGGCCUAGAUGCUUGUCAGAGUUAUCCUGAAGGCGUGUCUGUUUGUCUGAUAAGCUCACAAGGUGCGUCUGCUUGUCAGUAAAGCUGACAAGGUGCGACUGCUUGUCAGUAAAGCUGACAAGGCGUGACUGCUUGUCUGAUAAUCUCACAAGGCGUAGAUGCUUGUGAGAGAUGUCCUGAAGGCGUGGCUGCUUGUCAGUAAAGCUGACAAGGCGUGAACGCUUAUCAGAGAAGCUCUCAAGGUGAGGCUGCUUGUCAGUAAAGCUCACAAGACGUGCUACCUUAUGAGAGGAUCAGAUAAGGUUCCCUGCUUGAAAAUCGGGGUUUCUAAGGCGUAGUUCCUUCUCAGCGACGGUCUAUAAGCAUGACUGCUUGUCUGAAAAUUUGACAAGACCCAAAUUCCCACCAGAAAAAAAAUAUAGUUCCUCAAAAAAUCUGCAUUUUUUCCAGAAAAUGGACUGCUUUCCAAAACCAGCUCCCGGCAUAAAAUCAAUCUGCGAACUGACAUGUUCUUCCCAAGUUCCAGCCGAAACUCAACUUUCUCUUCAUGCUUAUCGAUUCUUCUUUUUCUGGGCUCUCACUCAUAUCGUGGAAUUCCUUUUCAAACAAAUCAACGCAAAUUUUGAACUUUUCUAG